AUGAGCGAUGACCCAACACCCUGGGACAACGCGACCGAGAGCGCCACGGCGGUGCCCGGCGAGGUGUCCCCUCAGGAUGGGUACGUGCUGCUCCUCGCCCUGCUCUCCAUCUUCAUCGGGGGCACUCUGGUCCUGCUCUCGGGCAUCCUGAUCAUCUGCCGCCGCUGCUGCGAGGCCGACCGCCGGCACUCCAGAGCCAGCGAUGACCCCGAGAAAACCAACACCACUUACCUGGAUGACUCGCAACAGGCGCAGGAUAUCACCGGCAAAGCAGAGGACCCCGAGUGCCUGUCAUCCUCCAGCUACCGGGAUGCAGAGAGCGAGCGGUUCCUGUCCUCCAGCUCCUCCACUGCCCGGCGCGUCUCCUUUAACGAGGCUGCGCUCUUUGAACAGGGCAAGAAGACCCAGGAGAAGGGGAGGAGGUACACACUGACAGAGGGGGACUUCCACCACCUGAAGAAUGCCCGCCUGACUCACCUGCACCUCCCGCCGCCUGCCCUCAAGAUUGUCACCAUCCACGAGUGCGAGUCCAGCGAGAACAGCCUGGCCAUGACCCCCCGCCUGCCCCCACCCAAGCCUGGUCUCGCCAUCUUCCAGCCCCCUGCGGGGGCCCUGCCCCGGCCAGUGCUCCCCAGCCAUGCCGUGGGCCCCAGCUCUGCCCUGCCCGGGGACACCUACAACUCCACCGUGGACACCAGCUUCACAGAGGCCAGCCCCUCUGCCUCCUCCGACUCCGGGGAGGGGCCCUCGUUCACAGCAGCACCCAGGAGUGGGAAGGCAGCUGGGGCGGGCAGUGCCGGCCCCGGGGACGCCCCCCCGACCCCCCCCCAGGGCACCGUCCUGCAGUUCUUCACCCGCCUGCGUCGCCACGCCAGCCUGGACGGGGCCAGCCCCUACUUCAGGAUCAAGAAGUGGAAGCUGGAGAGCACCCAGCGGGCGUCCAGCCUGGACACCAGAGGGUCCCCCAAGCGUCGGCAGUUCCAGAGGCAGCGGGCGGCCAGCGAGAGCAUGGACCAGGAGGACCGGGACCCCCAUCAGACCGACAUCAUCCAGUACAUUGCCCACACGGACGAUGUGUCCUUCCACCCCGCGGGGGGCCCCUUCCUGCCCUCCCCCGCCAGCCCCCCACCCUCUCUCGGCAGGCUAGAACCAGGCGAGGGGGGCGCGGGCAGCCCCGGCGAGCCCGGCGUGCCCGAGCAGCCCAGCGCCUAUCACGACAUCUGGAGCCUGCGCGCCUCGCUGGAGCUGUACGCGGCCUCCGAGCGCAGCAACGACCAGGACUCGGUGCGCAGCGACGGCGGGGACAGCGUGUCCUCUGCCAGCGGCGUGCCCCCCUGCCCUUCCCCUUCCCUGGACGAGGCUGAAGGCCCCGAGGAGAAGUUCUGGGGUCGGCCCAAGCCGGAGGAAUCGGAGCCCGGCACACGCAAGCUGCUGCAGAUGGACAGUGGCUACGCCUCCAUCGAGGCGCCCAGCCGGGGGGGCGAGGAGGGCCCCCCCAAGGACCAGACGGCCUCCGAGAAGCGCAUUUGCUUCACCAGCGCCGGGCGGAAAGGAACCAUCUUCGAGAGCUUCGAGGGCCGGGAGCCGGAGGAGGAGGAAGAUGAGGAAGAGGAGGACGGGGGGAGCACGAUCCUGGGCGCAGCGGGUGGGGGACACCUCCGUCCCCACAGCCCCUUGGCCUGGUCCCCGUACGGGCAGAUGUUCCCGGGGCGGGAGGGCCUGCCCCGGCGGGACUACAGCAUCGACGAGAAGACGGACGCGCUGUUCAACGCCUUCGUGCGCCACGAUCCGCAGUUCGACGAGUCCCCGCUGCGGGGGAAGCACCGCUCCCGCACCCACCUGCGCAAGCAGUGGCAGCACACGAAGCAGUUCAGCGACCCCGGCGUGCGGUACCCGGCGCUGGAGCGGCACCGGACACCCCUGCGCCGCGGCGACAGCGCCAACUAUCCCCUGGACUCCCGGUUCCACAGCCCCCUGCCCCGCAUCGUCAGCGCCGGCGAUGAGGAAGCGGCCGAGGCGGCUGAUGGGGCCGCCCCUGCUCCGGCGCUGCCUGACCCCGAGAUCCAGGUGAUCGUGGAGGAGCCCGGAGAGGCAGCUCCCGAGCCCAAGGCUGGCUCCGAGCCCCCCGAGGACCAUGACUGCCCCGGCUCCGGGAGGUGCUUGGGGCUGGGCUCCGGCUCGGAGCUGAUGGACAAGAUCGCUGGAGGGCUGGAGGAGCGGCUCUACGGGCACCUGAGGAAAGCAGCAGAGAGAGAGACCCCCGAGUGCACGGUGGCCGUGGCGGCCAGUGAUGACCCCCCCGACCACGGCGCGGUCUAGGCUCAGUGUGAGGGGGAGAGACCCCGGCACAGGGGA